GCCGAGCACAGUCUGCGCUGGGAUGUCUGUCGAUGGAAUUAAGGUUGAGCCUCCUCACUCAGUGAGAUUAUAUAGUCUCUGUGGCCGAGGUCGGCUGCGAGAAGGAUGCAGCUCAGCUUCCCUCACGCGUUACCUAGGCAAAUUGUCUCAAGUAAAGUCUUAGCCCGAAAUUAGCACCCCCGAGCAGUCCCCGACAACUCUUAUUAUUGACCAAGGAUUGAAAUCCAUCGCCACGUCCCUUUGACGCCCUCCUCUUCUUUUGCAUAUCCUGAGACUCACGAUCUCUAUCGGCUCAUUAACUACAAACUCGGACAGCUUCCCUUAUCGAUCCGCUUCUUCAAAUCAAAAUGCUCGCCAAAUCAGCUCUCCAGCGCGCGGCUGCAGCGCCUGUCCGCAGUGCCCUUGCUAAGCAAUCAGUCCGCACUGUUUCAGCUUGGUCGCAGGUGCCGCAAGGCCCACCUGAUGCCAUUCUUGGUAUCACAGAGGCCUUCAAGAAAGACUCCAACCCAAAGAAGAUUAACCUCGGUGUCGGCGCAUACCGUGACGACAAGGGCAAGCCUUACGUGCUACCUUCCGUCCGGGAAGCCGAGCAAAAGGUAGUACAGGCCCAAAUGGACAAGGAAUAUGCUGGAAUCACCGGUGUGCCUGACUUCACCAAAGCUGCUGCCCUUCUGGCUUACGGCGAGGACAGCGCUGCGAUCAAGGAGGGCCGCAUUGCCAUCACUCAGACUAUCUCUGGUACCGGUGCUCUGCGGAUAGGUGGUGCCUUCUUCCAGCGCCACUACCCCAAUGCUAAGACCAUCUACAUCCCCACUCCCUCGUGGGCCAACCACAAGGCGGUGUUCUUGGACAGCGGUCUUGAGGUGAAGCAAUACCGUUACUACAACAAGGACACUAUCGGUCUUGACUUCGACGGCAUGGUUGAGGACGUCAAGAAGAUGCCCAAGGGAUCUUUGAUUCUCCUUCACGCGUGCGCACACAACCCAACUGGUGUUGACCCCACCGAGGCUCAAUGGAAGGCCAUCAGCGAUGCCGUCAAGACCGGCGACCACUUCCCAUUUUUCGACAUGGCCUACCAAGGUUUCGCCUCCGGCAGCACUGACAAGGACGCCUUUGCUCUGCGCUACUUCCUCAAGGAGGGCCACCUUCCUGCCCUUGCUCAAUCCUUCGCCAAGAACAUGGGUCUCUAUGGUGAGCGUGUCGGAGCAUUCUCCAUUGUCACUGCCUCGCCCGAGGAGAAGGCCCGCGUCGACUCCCAGGUGAAGAUUCUCGUCCGACCGCUCUACUCGAACCCGCCUGUUCACGGUGCUCGUGUUGCCAGCACAAUCUUGAACGACCCGGCUCUUAACAAGCAAUGGCUCGGCGAGGUUAAGGACAUGGCCGAGCGCAUCAUCAAGAUGCGUGCUCUGCUCAAGGACAACCUCCAGAAGCUGGGCAGCAAGCACAACUGGGACCACAUCACCUCGCAGAUUGGUAUGUUCGCGUACACCGGUCUCAAGCCCGAGCAGAUGACCAAGUUGGCCGAGGAGCACUCCGUCUACGCCACCAAGGACGGUAGAAUCAGCGUUGCUGGUAUCACUUCUGAGAACGUCGGCCGUCUUGCUGAGGCCAUCCACAAGGUCACCAGCUAGAUAUGUGCAGGCAGAAAACAAACUCAGCCAAAGAAUAUUAGCGGAUGAACCUAACAAAGAUAAUGAGCAGCCAAUGUGCUGCGUAUUGUCGGGCGCAGCUGGUUUGGAGAUGUUUUGACGUGAGACGAUGUAUCAAUAUGUUCGAAAAAGUUCGCAAGAGCAGGUCCAGCGACACUCUUGUCGCCCGAUUUCUGCGGGUGGGUACGAUAGCCUCAAGAUACCUCAAUCUUAUGUAUUUUCCACAUUAUCUUCCUCUACUCGUGCAUUUAGAUUUGACUGCGAAGCUCUCGUGGAUGUACCUUGUUGUACGGCCAGAGAGCAGGCCGGAGGGU